UGACAUUUGACGGAGUCAAAAUUCUGACAUUUCAGCGACUUCAGUGAAAGUCCUGAGUUAUAUUAAAUAGAAUAUCAAAAGAAAAUGUCUCUAGCUAAAUUAUUUUCGGUUUCAGCGCGAGUUCGCGCAACUGGCGCAAAUAGCAUGUUACUACGCUGUGCCCAAUAUAGUUCAUCUAAUAAGGAGAGCAAAGAACAAAAGGUUUAUCCGCCAAGCAUGUCAGGGUACAUGUAUGUUAAUCCUCACGAGGCAGACAUGUCGAUAAAGGAAAUGUCUGACAGGGCCGCUCAAACUGUAUUUUGGACAGAAUUGGCUAGAGGUAUGGCUGUUACUCUAGCUCAUAUAUUCAAGGAGCCUGCGACUAUUAACUAUCCAUUUGAGAAGGGGCCUUUAUCACCGAGAUUCCGAGGUGAACAUGCUCUUCGUCGGUAUCCAUCUGGUGAGGAAAGGUGCAUCGCUUGCAAACUCUGUGAGGCAAUAUGUCCAGCCCAAGCUAUCACCAUAGAAGCUGAGGAACGAAAGGAUGGCUCACGACGAACAACUCGUUACGAUAUUGAUAUGACCAAAUGCAUCUACUGUGGUUUCUGUCAGGAAGCAUGCCCUGUUGAUGCCAUCGUAGAAGGUCCCAACUUCGAGUAUUCGACGGAAACUCAUGAAGAACUUCUCUACAAUAAGGAAAAGUUACUGUUGAACGGUGACAAGUGGGAGAGUGAGAUAGCGACAAAUAUCAGAGCUGACCAUCUCUACCGUUGAUUCUUCAUUCUGCUAGUAUAAUGUCUUAGUACCUAUAUUGAAACAA